AUGGGUCAAAGUCGAUGUGUAGCAUGUAAUCAACUGAUAUCUGAUAAAGAGACUCGUCAACAUAUAGCUAAUUGUCGACCAGGAUCAUCAACUGAGAAAAAAUUAUGUCCAUUGUGCAAUCAACAAGUAUCUAUUAAAGAAUAUCAAGAACAUAUUAGAACAUGUGAUCAACAAGAAAAUCCUCCAUUAAAUUCAUGUUUAUCAUCGAAUAAAAGAAAAUGUCCAAAUUGUGACAAUUUUCUUGACAAUUUAACCAAUCGUUGUCAAUCAUGUGAUGAUCAUGAUGACAAUAAUAAUGGAAGAUAUUCAACACCAAGAGCACAAACACCAACACAGACUAUACGAGAAGAAUCAAUGGAAACAAAUUCUUAUAUUGAUCCAUCAGAUUAUGAAAAUCAUGUGUCAAUUUGUUCAGAUGAUAAUUUAAAAAUAAGCAAAGUUAAUCAUAAUUUUAAGGAAAACUUAAAGAAUAAAAUAUCUUCGCCAAAAAUAAGUAAAAAUUCUUCAAAAAUACAAACAACUUUCAAUGAAAAACAAACCAAACGUUGUGUUUUGUAUUCCGAAGAAAUUGAUCAAUGUGAGUAUGAAGAUCGUGUAUCAUCUUGUUCAAACAAUUAUACACCAUCAGUUAUUGAUGAUCAUAUAUUAAAUCGAACGAAAGAUUCAAAUGAAAAAUCAACGAUUAAAUUGUUAUCUCAAAAAAAUGAUCAAAAUCAAGCAAUUCUUUCGAACAAAAAGAAUACAAAACAAUGCAUUUUAUGUUCGAAAGAUAUUGAUCAAUCGGAUUAUGAAAAUCAUAUAUCAUCUUGUUCAAGUGAUGAAAAAAUCUCUAUUGAUCAAGAAUCAAUUGACUCAAUACAAAUAAUGUCGAGUUCGGAUGAAAGUUCCCAACACUCCUAUGAUAAAAUUAGAUACAAACAUCAAGUUACAGAUACAAAUAGUGAUUCUGAUACUGAUACUCAUUAUGGUUUUAACGAUGAUAAUGUAGAUAAAUGGUCAAAAUACUCAUCUAGUGAUUUAUCUAGUGAGUCCAAUGAUAUCGACUCGAUUGAUCACAAAGACAAUGACGGAAUAUUAGAUGAUAGCAAUUCAUUGGAUUACGAUCAAUGGAUAAAAAGUAAUUUGAAAACCGAUAUACCAGAUUUUGAAGGAAAAUUUGGAUUAUCUGAAAAUGUGAAUUUACCAUCUUCACCAUCACCAAUUGAUAUUUUUACACUUUUUUUAACACCAACCAUUGUCAAUUAUAUAGUUCAGCAAUCAAAUCUAUAUCGUACACAACAAAAUUUAAAACAAGAACCAAUGACCGAUUCAGAUUUUUAUCAAUUACUUGGUUUUUUAUUUUAUGCAUCAUUAAUUAAAUUACCUAGUAAAGGUGAUUAUUGGUCACCAUUAUCAUUGCAAGAAACUGUUGCAAAUAAUAUAUCACGCAAUCGUAUAGAUGAACUAUUACGAACAUUACAUUUUAACAACAAUGUUAUCAAUGAAACGAAAUGCGACAAAGUUCAACCAUUAAUUGAUUUUUUUAAUGAACGUUGCACAGCUUUGGUUGAUCAAGAAGAAUAUAUUUCGAUUGAUGAACAAAUGGUCAGUUAUAAAGGUAAAACGGCUCCGUCAUCACUGAAACAAUAUAUGCCAAAUAAACCAUCAAAGCAUGGGUUUAAACUAUGGUCAAAAUGUGGGGUAUCUGGCUAUGUAUACAAAAUUAACUUGUAUACAGGUGCUAAUAAAGCUGUCUCAAAACCAAUAACAACAAGUUCUGCAGACAUAUUAAUGCGAAGAACUCGAUUACAUAAUACACUUGUAGUUAAUAAUGAAGAAAUUGAAAACCGAAAGCAAGAUAUAAAACGUUUUGGCGUUUCUGGUAUGGUAGUAAUUGAUUUAGUUGCAGAUGUUCCACAAGGUACCAAAGUUUUCGUUAACAAUUAUUUUGGAUCAGUGGCAUUAAUUAAAAAGAUGACUGAAUUGGGUUUUGGUAUUGUUUGUACUUUAAGACAAAAUCGGAUAAAGCACUGUCCAUUACCAUCGGAAAAACAAAUGAACAAAAUGGAGCGUGGUUCUUACGAUUAUCGAGUAACCAAUGAUCGACAAUGUAUAGUUGUUUCAUGGAAAGAUUCAAAGCGUGUCUUGAUAGGAUCGAAUUAUAUUGGAAUAGAUCCCAUUGAACAGUUAUUACGAUGGGAUAAAAAUCAAAAGAAAAAAAUCAAUACACCAACACCUCAGAUUAUCAAACAAUAUAAUAAACAUAUGGGUGGUGUUGAUAAGACCGACAUGUUGUGUUCUUUACAUCCAAUACCAUUUAGAUCAAAAAAAUGGUACAUGCGUCUCGUUUGGCGUAUAUUCGAUCUUAUGUUAUUAAAUUCGUGGUUGUUAUCUAAGCAUAUAUUAGGUCGUGAUGGUAAUUGGCGUAUGGAACGUAUCUUCCAAUUUAAACUUACGAUAGCUCGUAUAUUAUUACAAAAACCACUAUCUCUUACAAGACCUAUAUUACAGUCUAAACAAGUUUCUGAUUCUUCAGACUCAUCAAGUAAUGAAAAUCAAAAUGAUGCAUUAUCAAGAAGAAAGAAAAUCAAACGUGAAUCAAAAAAAUCAGCAUUAAAUGUACAAAGAUAUGACGGUAUUGGCCAUUGGCCGAUAUUUGAACCGUUUCAAAGAAACAUCAACAAAAAAAAAAGUACUUUAUGUUAUGCAUUAAUUAAUGAAGUAGAAUAUGAAGAACAUAUUAUAAAUUGUUCAUCAGAACGAUCAAAUAAUCAAAAUUUAAAUAUUAAUAAAAAUAAAUAUUCAAAACAAAACGAUGGCAAAAAAUUGUGUACAAUAUGUUCAAAAUAUAUUAAUCAAUCUGAAUAUAUUAAUUAUAUUCAAUCAUGUUCACCGACUUCUUCUCUUAAUAAUUCUUAUGACAGUCAUCAUCAUCAUCGAACAACAUUUAAUUACACUGAAAAAGAUAAGAAAAAUCAUAGUAAAGCUUCAUCUGAUAUUACUAAAAAUCCAAAGAAAGAUUGUUUCGUUUGCUUUAAAUCAAUUGAUUUAUCUCAAUAUGAAAAUCAUGUUUUAGCAUGUGUUGCUCAAACAGAUGCUCAAUUACCAAAUUCAUUAACAAGAAAAAAUCUUAAAUGUUUAACAUGUAAUCGUUCAAUAAACAAGGAAGAUGGUUUAUACAGAGAAAUACCUUGUCAUUUACGUCAUUAUCAUUGUACAGUUUGUCUUCAACGUUCAAUGGAUGAAUUUGUUCGAAAUGGUGAAACAUCUGUAUGUCAUAAAAGAUUAUGUGAUCAUCAAUUAUCUAAAUAUGAUAUAUCAUUAAUUCCACUUGAGCAUCGAUUAUCUGACCGCCUUUUAAAGCUUGUUAAAAGUGAACAAAGACCAUUUUGUUCCAAAGGUCGUUUUUAUGUUGAUUUAAACGAAAAUUUUAAUGAACAUAUUGAAUUAUGUGAUGAUCUUAUACCUUGGGAAUAUUGUUAA